AUGUUUUUACUCGACUCAUACAUCUCCGGCCUUUCACGCCCUCUGUUACUCCCUCCCUCUCCUCCCAUUUCUCCGCUCUCAUCCCGCAUCUGUACCCCAACCUCUCCCUCGUGGCCUCUCCCCCAUGGUCUCCCCCCAUCUCCGUUCCCAGCAGUGCUGGUGGCAAAGGCCGGCGCGGCAGAAGGAGAGGUGAUCGAGGAAGCUUCCGAGGCGGAGGUGACGGAAACAGAGGCGGAGGACACCGAAGCGGAGGAGACGGCGGAGGAGGAUAACGACGAGGACGACGACGAGGAGGGCGGGGAGGCGGAAGGGGAGGCGGAAGCGGGGGCGGAGGCGGAGGAGGAGGUGGUGAUGCUGCUGUGCGUGCUGAGUCUGGACGACGGCGACGUGCUGCGGAAGCGCAAGAUCUGGCGCCGCAUCGCCGUGCCCGCCGACUUCUCGCUGCUCGAACUGCACGUCGCGCUGCAGGUGAGGUUUGAGUAUAUCGGCGCGCUGCAGAACGCGUUCGACUGGGAGGACACGCAUCUGCACGACUUCACCCAGCCGCGCCGCCACGCGUGGCGCCGCUUGCUCGACCCGGCCGCCGCCCUUGCAGACGAAAUCACCGAUUCCGAGGCCGAAACCGAGGGCGCUACAACCAAACCCAAGCCCACUACAACCGCCGCCGCUACAGCCGCCGCUACAGCCGCCGCGGCCGGCAUCAUCGGAUCUGCUACAUCCGAGGCUGUUCUCCCGCCGCUCCCCGACACGCAGUACCGCGGGUUCGGCCGGACGGAUCUUUCGGCUGUAGCGGAGCUGCUACAGCUGGAUCUGGACUCUCUGCCGCCCGGGUUCACGCGCACGUUCAAGACUGUAGCGGGCGCCAAGGAGGAGGCGGCGGACGAUUUGAUUCUGACGCCGGCCAGUUUGGAUUUGGGCGGCAGUGCUGAGGUGGUGUUUGUGGAGCAUGCUGACGUGGCAGCGGCGGGAGAAGGGAAGGAGGUGGCGGUGCUGACUGGACCUGGCGAGGUGUUGGACGAGAGGGCGUUUGAAGUGGGGGCUGUGUUUUCAAAGACAGACCCUCUGCUGGUCUACCAGUACGACUUUGGGAUGAGCUACGAGGUGCACCUCAUUUUCGAGGGUAAAUUCCCCGCCACCGAGGGGGUGAAUUACCCGACGUGCCUGGCGGGAGCGGGCGCGAGUCCAGCAGAGGACGGCAACGACAUGGAUGACGAGGGCGCGCUGCUGCCCUCAUAUGACUACACCGACUUUGCUGUUCUCGAUGUGCUCGCCAAUUUCGAGAAGACCUUUGAAGACUCAUGGCCUGUACAACCGCGAGUGUGGGCGGGGAGUGCACGGGCAAGUGCUGCGGCUACUGCCUCAAAACCCCGCUUCACCUGCCUGCCAGCUCCAUCCAUCCCCCUGCGCUUCUCCCCUACCCUAACCCACCCUCUCAUCUCCCCUGACCCUGUUCGACUGCACUAUCCCAGGUACAACCGCGAGUGCGGGCGGCGUCGUGAGUGCACAGGCAAGUGCUGCGGCUACUGCCUCAAGACGCCCCUGCACCUGCUUGCUGGCUCCAUCCCCCUGCGGGACGCCGAUGCCGCGUAUGAGAGCGCAGCGCAGAAGCUGCUGCAGGAACAGAGCAAGGCUGCGGAGAGUGCCGAGGCCUAG